CCGAGGCCCAGGAAGUAAAUCGUCAGAAAAUCACAUAAAAUCACAAAUGUGGACAAAAAUAUUUUCUGACUCAUUUCUUAUUGGUUCAGAAGAGAUUGGUGUGAAUUGGGAAUACCAUCAUAAAUUUCCAGGAAAUGUUGGAUGUGGAUCAUCAAGAUCUGAUUUUGCCGCUGUUAUCUUUAAUGGUGCUAAUCAACAAUUUCCAUUUUUUAUAACUGAAUUUGAGAAUGAUGGGUUUGCAGUAUACAAGGAUGCAGUAGCGGUGGUAGCAGAAACGGCUUUUGAAUACGAUCGAAUGCUUGCAGUUGCAUAUUAUCUAUCAGAGGAUGAGUCUAUGAUGAAACAAAGUGCUUUGAUUUAUGCUUAUGAGGAUAAUGGUGUAACUUUCAAACUUCAUACUGGAGAUCAACAAGCCGAUAUUGCAAGUGUUCUGAAGUUAGUGGCGUACCUGAGAACAAAUGUAUAUCAUGAUGGAGUGACACUUAAUAUGCAGUUUAAUAGGACAACAGACACACGAAAUGGAGCAUUGUUAGCAUCUCUACCCCGUCUGCCUUGA